AACUAGUACUUGUUUUUUUCUUUCUCCUCAGAUUGUUACUGCCUUCAGUUUGGCCGAUCACAUGAAAGAAAUGUUUUAUGCAGAACCAAGAUACCAAUCCAGGAAAGAUGACCCUGAAAUCAAGGAAUUAUUCAAUGAAAUUGAGAAAAUUAGAGCAGAUUUUAACUCGACUGAGCGGCCAAUACUAGAAAUUGAGGCUCUUGAAGAGAAACAACAUAGGCAUUCUCACAUUGCAGAGCCAAUUCCUUCACCUAAAUCGGCAAAUGAGUCUCCAAAAUCACCUAAGUUCAUCUCUAACGAGUCUUCCAAAUUAAAAUCUAUAAGUACAGAACAACAACAUGAUCCAGAAUCAGAACUCGCAAAAUUCGAAAAGGAAUUUGGAAACUUUGGAAGUGAUUUCUCUAAUGAAGAGGUUGGGGUUUGGGAAUUUGAUGAACUUGAAGAGGAACUAAGGUCUGAAGCAGAUAAAUAGUUUUGGAAUCAAAGAGAUUGAAAUCUGCGCCAUCUUCAUUCCAUUAUUUUAUGUUCUGUUUACAGUCAUGAUGUAAAAUAUGAUGGGGGCUGUUAAAUAAUAAAAAAAAAAGGAAUAUGGAGUGUAAAAAUUUGUCAAUAUCUCUUCAGCAUGUCAUGUAUUUGAUGUACCUGCUCAUGAACAAAUGUUUAUUUGUUACAAUCUUUGUAUUCGACUGAAAUCCUUGGACAGAUUUUUAUACCAAAAUGAUAAAUUUUAGUCA